AUAUGUCACAGAUCAUAGCCAGAUCAGUGGCUGCGCUAAUGGAAAAAUAUGUCGCGACAUUUUUGACACAAAGUACACAGUCUUCGAUAUAAUUGGCGGUGAGAUGAUUUCGAAUUUCCGAGAGAUCGCGCUUCUCACUAUCUAUCACACAAACAAGUGUAUGUCAGAAGUGAUCUUUAGUUUUAUUUUUUAACUACUAUAUGAUAAUCGUUUUUGCCUUUUCGGUCAAAAAUAUUUAACUCCUAAAGAUACUCUUCAAUCAUGUAUGAUCCGGAUGAUGAUGUUGCUUAUGGUGAUGAUGAAGGUGAAGAAAUAACACCUGAUUUGUGGCAAGAAGCAUGUUGGAUUGUUAUAAGUUCGUACUUUGAAGAAAAAGGCCUUGUUCGACAACAGUUGGAUUCAUUUGAUGAGUUUAUUCAGAUGUCUGUUCAAAGAAUUGUUGAAGAUUCACCAGAGAUUGAACUACAGGCAGAAUCACAGCACAUGUCCGCAGAUACUGAAGAGCCGCCCAAGUAUACCUUGAAAUUUGAGCAAAUCUACUUGUCAAAACCCACACACUGGGAGAAAGAUGGUGCUCCAACAGCCAUGAUGCCUAAUGAAGCAAGGCUUCGCAAUUUGACCUAUUCUGCUCCUUUGUAUGUUGACAUCACUAAAACAACUCAUAAAGAAGGUCAGCAACCAAUUGUUCAAGAAAAUGGAAAGACUUUCAUUGGAAAAAUUCCAAUAAUGCUUCGUUCUACAUAUUGUUUACUUAGUAAUUUAACUGAUCGUGAUUUAACUGAACUUAAUGAAUGUCCACUUGACCCUGGAGGAUACUUUAUCAUUAAUGGCUCAGAGAAAGUCUUAAUUGCUCAAGAAAAGAUGGCAACUAACACUGUAUAUGUUUUUGCAAAAAAAGACUCUAAAUAUUCAUACACUGCAGAGAUUCGUUCAUGUAUAGAGCAUUCUUCACGGCCAACCAGCACAAUGUGGGUGUCAAUGUUGGCUCGUGGAAGUCAAGGUGGUAAGAAAAGCAACAUAGGGCAACGAAUUAUUGCCACUUUACCAUACAUCAAACAAGAAAUACCUGUAAUGAUUGUUUUUCGUGCUCUUGGUUUUGUUGCUGAUCGUGACAUUUUGGAGCAUAUAAUUUAUGACUUUGAAGAUCAAGAAAUGAUGGAAUUGGUUAAACCAUCAUUAGACGAAGCAUUUGUUGUCCAAGAGCAAAAUGUUGCGUUGAAUUUUAUUGGUACACGUGGAGCAAAACCUGGUGUUACUAAGGAAAGACGUGUUAAAUAUGCCAGGGAAAUUCUUCAAAAGGAAAUGUUACCUCAUGUUGGUGUCAGUGAUUUUUGUGAAACAAAGAAGGCCUAUUUCUUGGGAUAUAUGGUGCAUCGUUUACUUUUGGCUUCUCUUGGAAGACGAGAACUGGAUGAUCGUGAUCAUUAUGGCAACAAAAGACUGGAUCUUGCUGGACCUCUUCUUGCUUUUCUUUUUCGGGGUUUAUUCCGCAAUUUGAUGAAGGAAGUACGACUAUAUGCCCAAAAGUUUAUCGACAAGAGCAAAGAUUUCAAUUUGGAGCUUGCGAUUAAAACGAAGACGAUUACCGACGGUUUAAAAUACUCCCUAGCUACUGGAAACUGGGGAGACCAAAAGAAAGCACAUCAAAGUAGAGCUGGUGUUUCUCAGGUUUUAAAUAGACUUACAUUUGCAUCGACUUUAUCGCAUUUAAGACGUCUAAAUUCUCCUAUUGGUCGAGAAGGAAAACUUGCCAGACCACGUCAGUUGCAUAAUACACACUGGGGAAUGAUUUGUCCUGCUGAGACUCCUGAAGGUCAUGCUGUGGGUUUGGUAAAGAAUUUAGCUCUAAUGGCUUAUAUCUCGGUGGGAUCUCAACCAAGUCCUAUACUUGAAUUCUUAGAAGAAUGGACAAUGGAGAAUCUUGAGGAAAUCACACCUUCAGCUAUUCAUAAUUCAACAAAAAUUUUUGUCAAUGGAUGUUGGGUUGGAAUUCACCGUGAUCCGGAUCAACUAAUGUCUACUUUACGUAAAUUAAGGAGACAGAUGGAUAUUGUUGUAUCCGAGGUGUCGAUGGUGAGAGAUUUUCGCGAAAAGGAAAUACGUAUUUAUACCGACGCUGGUCGUAUAUGCCGUCCUUUGUUGAUUGUUGAAAAUCAAAAAUUGCUGUUGAAGAAGCAACACAUUGAAAUGCUUAAAGAAAGAGAAUACAAUGAAUAUGGAUGGCAAGAUCUUGUUGCUAAUGGCGUUGUUGAAUACAUUGAUGUCAACGAAGAAGAAUCAGUUAUGGUUGCUAUGACACCGGAGGAUCUUAUUGAUAAAGGUGUUGUGUAUUGUUCAACAUACACCCAUUGUGAAAUUCAUCCUUCUAUGAUCCUUGGUGUAUGUGCUUCAAUUAUUCCAUUUCCAGAUCACAACCAGUCGCCACGUAACACCUAUCAGUCUGCUAUGGGUAAGCAAGCCAUGGGAGUGUACAUCACUAACUUUCAUGUACGUAUGGAUACAUUAGCGCAUGUUCUAUAUUAUCCACAAAAACCCCUAGUUACUACAAGGUCUAUGGAGUAUCUUCGUUUUCGAGAGCUACCAGCUGGUAUCAAUGCCAUUGUUGCUAUCGCGUCUUACACAGGCUAUAAUCAGGAAGAUAGCGUGAUUAUGAACGCAUCUGGAAUAGAUAGAGGACUUUACCGAUCUGUUUUUUAUCGCUCUUAUCGUGAACAAGAGUCAAAGAAAGGCUUAGAGUCUGAGGAACUCUUUGAAAGACCGUCAAGAGAUGAAUGUCAAGGCAUGCGCCAUGCAAUAUACGAUAAACUCGAUGAUGACGGGCUCAUAGCUCCCGGCACUCGUGUGAGUGGUGAUGAUGUCAUUAUUGGCAAGACAAUGACACUACCCGAGAAUGAUGACGAGUUUCAAAGCAGCAAUCGACGAUUUACAAAAAAAGAUGCCAGUACAUUUUUACGAGCUAGUGAAACUGGCAUCGUUGAUCAAGUAUUGGUCACCAUUAACCAAGAUGGUUACAAGUUCACCAAAGUUAAGGUUCGAUCUGUAAGAGUACCACAGAUUGGGGAUAAAUUUGCCAGUCGUCAUGGACAGAAAGGUACAUGUGGGAUCACAUACAGACAAGAGGACAUGCCUUUUACAUGUGAAGGAAUAACCCCAGAUGUUAUUAUAAAUCCUCAUGCAAUACCUAGCCGUAUGACCAUCGGUCAUUUAAUUGAAUGUCUUCAAGGAAAGGUUUCUGCGAACAAGGGUGAGAUCGGAGAUGCCACUCCAUUUAAUGACGCUGUGAACGUGCAAAAGAUCUCUCAAUUAUUAGCAGAAUAUGGCUAUCAUCUUCGUGGAAACGAGGUGUUAUACAAUGGUUUUACUGGACGUAAGCUUAAUGCUCAAGUAUUCAUUGGUCCUACAUAUUACCAACGUUUGAAACAUAUGGUUGAUGAUAAGAUUCAUUCACGCGCUCGAGGUCCUUUACAGAUUUUAACAAGACAACCUAUGGAAGGAAGAUCACGUGAUGGUGGUCUUCGUUUUGGUGAAAUGGCGGAUUGUCAAAUAUCCCAUGGUGCAGCUCAGUUUCUUAACGAACGUUUAUUUGAAUGCUCUGACGCGUACAGUUGUCAUGUGUGUGAUCUUUGUGGAUUAAUCGCGAUUGCGAAUCUUCGGAACAACACGUACGAAUGUCGUGGAUGUAAGAACAAGACUCAGAUUUCCCGCAUCCGUAUCCCGUAUGCAGCAAAGUUACUGUACCAAGAACUAAUGUCAAUGUCAAUUUCACCGCGAAUGAUGACCGUUCCUCCAGUAAAAUAGUUCAUCUUUAAAUGAUGAAUUGAUUGCUGUUGUACAUUCCACCAAAGCAAUCAUUAUCCAUUUAUACACACCGUAGGGUCAACUAUUUUGUAUUUUAUAAAGGAUACACUGUUGCAGCGGAACAUUGAAGAGUUGAAUAGAAGGUUUUUUAGACUUCUCCAUGUUGUAAUCUCGAUUCGAGCUUUUACUCCACUCAAAACUAGUGUUUUUUCAUAGGUGUUGCAGCUUAUGCUGUGCUUGGCUUAUGUUUAACAAGUUUGUUGUAAAUCCUUAAAAUGACCAAUGACAAAAUAUCACAGAAUGUGUUUUUGGUUUAUUUCAUUAAAGAAAUUUGAUUUGAAAAUAAAGCAAGAAAAAGAA